UUUACUGUGAGGCAUACUAAAGCGAGUGAUAGUUAACAGCUCAAGGAAACUGCGGUCAGAAACUACUGACGUCCGAUUUUGACUUCGCCUUUGAUAUCAGGCACAUUCACUGACUGCUAGAAUUUACGGUUCUUUAAACCGCUAGCAGUUACCUCGAUUUACAAAUGUAAUAUCUGGAUUUGUAAAAUGGCUCUUUAAGACAAUACUCAUUCAAACAUGAGUGUUAGCUAAAUUAACGUAUUAACGGCCGUAAUUUGAAGCAAGCUCUGACCGUGCCACCCAUGAUAGCAUUGAGUGACUUGUGUAACGGACGGCAGGCGGUAUGGCGCAUCACCUGGGAAGGGGACAGUUUACAGAGGAGACCAACUUUGAGCGCUUCAGGGAGUCAAGAGCACCGUCCUCGUACGGUACCAGAGAUGACCUCAUGCUGUGUGCCGGUGACACGGGUGGGGUCUGGGGCGAGGGCGCUGAGAGGAGGGUCCGUAUUAGCCAGAACCACAGGGAUCACGAGCACGAGACCAGCUGCGACGACUCUGUGUUGGAGGAAAAGUCUCCCCUUGUGAAGACGCCGGCAGCAGAGUCGGCCGCUUGUUCUGCCACCCUGCAGCUCAUGGCGCUCAGGGACGUGCUAGAGGAGUGUUUCCAUGAAAAUACCAGUGAGCCGAGGUUGUCGAGACAGAGAAGCUCAUUACUGCAGAAACUUGAUGUGUUCAAGCAAAUAAACACGUCUGUCCGUCAGCAGAUAAAAAAGCUCCUGGAUAAGGAGGCAUGCCUCACUGAGAUGGUCAAACAGGUAAAGGAUUUGCAGGAGAAGAUGAUGCAGACCGAACGUGAAAAUCAGGAAUUAAAGUUGAACAUAAGUGAAAAAGAGAAGAAGGUUGAGGAGCUGAGGGGUCUACAGGGGCCGCCAGUGGAGACAUCAGAGUCUGUAGUUCAACGGUCGCGCUCGCUCGGGUUCACGCAGGCCCGUUUACAAGGUCAGCUCCGCAACAGAGAGGCAGAGAACCACCGCCUGCUCAGCCAGCUGAAGGACCUGGAGCGGUAUUUUGCCCAGCAGAAGCUGGAGGUGCAGGCGUUGAGGGCUGAGGUGGCAUCGGUAUCAGUGACUGCGUCCGAGGAGAAGGAGGCUCUGAAGAAGGCCAUACGUGCCCACAAACACAGAGCUGACAAGUUCGAGGCUGCCGUGGAGAAAUGUUGCAAUGAGCUGAGAGACAAGGGUGUUAAGCUGGCGGACGCUCGUACUGAGAGGGCUCGAUGGCUGUGUCGGCAAGAGGAAGCAACGGAGGAGAGACUGGGACUGGAUGCCCAGAUAACUCUGCUCAAAGAUGAAGUAUCAGCUCUCCAGGCGGAGCUGCAGAGAGAGCGAGACUCUGUGCAUGCAGCCAGUGACAUUCUGCUCGCCAAGAUCGAGAAGCUCAACAGUGAGAAGGCAGAGCUCAACCUACACAACUCCACCCUCACGGCCACCAUAGUGGAACUGGAGGAGAAACUAAAGGAGUCAGAGGCAACACUACAGGAUCAAACGGCUCUCGCAGAGAAGAGUAAACAGGAGAUGGAGGCAUACCAGUGUCAGCUAGCAGAGCUGCACGUGCGGGUUACAGAGCUGAAAAUCACACUGGAGAGUCUUCAUCAGGAGACGAAGGAACACAGGAAGGACAGGGCUGAUGAGGUUGCCCAGAUGGAGGGGCAGGGUGAGAAGCUGAAGUCGUCUCUGCAGAUGAAGGACUCGAUCCUGGAGGCCAACACACAGCUGCAGCAGGAGGUGGCAUCCCUGCAGAAUAAACUGGAGGAGGUUGAAUGUGAGAACCAGAAGCUGAUCCACAGACUGGCCAGCCAGGAGGGGGCGCAACAGUACAGCAGCAGGCAGCUGGAGGAGCGCUCAGUCGAGUGCCAAGCUCUCCGCUGGCAGCUAGAGGGCGCUCUCACGGACGUCGCACAGCAGGUGGGUAACGUGAAGGAGAAGGCUUGCUCAAGAGAGAACGCUGUCUUGGCCAGGGUUCAGGAGCUGGAGGCUGAGAAUUGCAGACAGGAAAAUGAGCUCAGACAGCUCCAACACAGCAAACUAUCUAGUGAGAAGCAAUUUGAGAUGCGUCUGAGGGACCUGCAGCUGAGUCUGGACCAAUCAGAAAGCCACAAACGCAGCAUUCAGAACUAUUUGGACUUCCUUAAGAACUCCUACACAACCAUGUUUGAGGAGGUUCUGCCACCUUACAGUUCUUCAUACCUCCUGAAAUGAGUGGCCAAGUUUUAUUUGGGGUGGGAGUGUAUUUGUGUGUUGUUCCUUUUAACUAAAAACUAUGACUGUGGUGCUAUUGAAACCUAACUUAAACAAUGAUUAUGCAAUAUUACAUGAGAGGGUGUGCUAAUAUAUUGAGUAUUAGCACAGCUAUGAUUGGGUUUUAGGCAAAAGGCCACAGAUGAAUAUAUUUUUCUGUAUUAUUCCAUUUAUUUUGCAGCCAGUGACAUGACUGAUGGCAGCAUGUGUGAGUCCGAUAAUUUAACGUGAAAGUUUAAUUUUCUAAGAUAAUGAUUUUUAAUGUAAUUAAAAUGUUUUAUUUAUAAGA